GACAUGUUAUAAUGAUAGAGGAUUUAGUCGCCCACCCCGACUGAUAGGUAAAAUGUAGAUGUAUAUACAGUUUGUGUACACAGGAAUCUAGUGUCAGCGGAGCUCGAGUAGGUCAGAAUAUAGAAGCAUGGAUAUUUAUGACGUCAUAGUGGUGGGUGCCGGGAUUGAAGGGUCCUCUACAGCCUACCAACUGGCCAAACAAGGGAAGAAAACUCUCCUACUGGAACAGUUUCCCCUGCCCCACUCCCGGGGAAGUUCGCACGGUCAGACCCGGAUUACCAGGAAAGCGUAUGGAGAACUGGAGUACUACACUGUCAUGAUGAAAGAGGCGUUCCCGCUGUGGGAAACGUUAGAACGGGAGUCUGGGAGGAAAAUAUUCCGAGAAACGGGCAUGCUGACCAUGGGAGCGCCGGGCGACACAUUUACUAUGGGGACGAUUCGCUGUCUACAGCGGCACGGGAUCCCCCAUCAAGUGAUGGACUACCAAGGAGUGAAGCAAGCCUACCCCAUGAUUGAGUUUCCCCGGAACUACACAUUCGUCGUGGACAAGUCAGGGGGGAUACUGCGGGCGGACAAAGCUCUGAUAUCAUACCAAGAGACUUUCCGUCGGUUUGGCGGUGAACUACGGGACGGGGAGAAGGUGUUGGACAUUAUUCCUGGGGACACCGUGGGGGUCAGGACCAGCAGCCACCAGUACAGGGCCCACUCUGUGGUGCUGACGGUGGGGGCGUGGGCCACCAAGCUCCUCCCCAAACUACAGCUCACCCUACCCCUGAAGGUAUUGAGAAUCAACGUGCUGUACUGGAGGGAGAGGGUGCCCGGGGGGUACGGCGCGGAUCGAUUCCCUGUGUUCCUCCAAGAGAACGCCGUGGAUAACUACGCCGUGUACGGACUUCCUAGCGAGGAAUACCCGGGACUGGUCAAGAUCUGUCUUCACUGGGGGCCCGAGGUGGACCCUGACUCUAGAGAUAAGGCUGAUGACUCCUGGGUCAUAGACAAGAUGAAGAGGUACAUCGCCCGACAUUUCCCGGAACUAGAAGCGGAGCCCGCCAUUGCUGAAACCUGCAUGUAUACGUGGUCCGAAGAUGAAGACUUAAUUUUGGACCACCAUCCAUCUUGGAGGAACAUUAUUAUUGGAGCAGGAUUUUCAGGUCACGGGUUCAAGCUUGCUCCAGUGGUUGGAAAAGUGCUGGCGGAAAUGGCCACGAACAAAGCGCCAUCUUACGACAUGACGCCAUUCAAAAUCCAGAGAUUCCGUCACAAGGCUAAAUUAUGAUUUAGAUGUCUUUGAUUAGGGAAGGAUAUCAGUCUUUGAAAAUAAUAAAUCAAUUUUAAAUGUUG